UCGUUCUCAUAUUAUAUAAAAUGAAAUUCCUAAACAUUAAAAAUUUAGAUAAAGAUAUCGAAGAUAAUAAUUUCCUCUGGAACAAUUAUGAUAACAGAUAUAACCCAAUUCGCAUUCGGCAUUAUCGAAAGUCAUCUUCAAAAACUUCAAACAUUUACAAAAUUUCAUCGAAUGGAAGUUCCAAGUUCGUCUUUAUAUGUCCACCACGUAAGAGUGCGGAGCGCGAGCAUGUACCAAACAUUUUCGUUCACGCCUUGCGCCUCAUCCUCAGCGGUUUGAUCAUCCUGGACACGUUUCAUAUUUGGCCCGGUGAAUUUUUGCCCAAUCAAAUACCUGUGGUACCACCACCCCCACUGCCUCCGAUAAAGUCCAAUAUAAUUGAGCCCCUAUGGUGCGAUAAUUGUUAAUAGCGUUGAGAAUCACAGAGUCUCGGAUAAACAAACCUGGGGCACAAUAUUGCAUUUAUAUUUUCAUGUCACAUCGGUCCUUUCAUUGCAAAAUUAUG